CCCCACACAGCUGCUGUCAUACAUCAUCGUAUAUCACUCUCACUGCGGGGUACACUCCACUAAACCAUACCCGCUAUCUUCUCCCCCACAUCGACUCGGAGUCUCCACACACAUGGGUGCUAAGAAGAACAAACUCAAGAGGAUGCUCUCGCCGACCACACCGCCGCCGCCGGAAGCAACCGCGGACGACGAUGAGCUCAUGGACGACCUCUUCGCGCAACUCGACUCCAAGGACGGCGCGGUCCGCCACGAGUCCGCGACGGUGCUGAACGAGAUGCAGAUCGACCGGGUCGCCGACCAGCUCGAGUCCGUGCCCAAGAAGGACGGAAAGGCGAGACACAAAGCGCGACAGGCGAGAAAAGCCGCCGCGCUCGCAGAAACAUACGCACCCACAGACGUCGAGGCCGACGCGCGCCUCGAGCGCCAGGCGAAGGACGAAGAGGAGCAGAUCAAGAAAACGUGCGACGAGCUCGGGCUGCUCCUACACGAGAUCAACCCCGACGGGCACUGCCUCUUCUCCGCCGUCGCAGACCAGCUCGCGCUCCUCGGCGUGCUCCCCGCCUCGCAGGCGACGUACGCGACGUGCCGGCGCGCCGCGGCCGACUUCAUCCACGCGCACCCGGACGACUUCCUGCCAUUCCUACCGUCCGAGGUGGGCGAGGACACGGCGGGCGCGACGGAGGCAGGGUUCAUGACGCGCGCGCAGUUCGACCGGUACUGCGCGCGCAUGCGCGACACCGCGAUCUGGGGCGGGGAGCCGGAGGUCGUCGCGCUGAGCCGCGCGUAUGGCGUCGCGAUACACGUCGUGCAGGGCGGGCAGCCGCCGGUGGUUGUGCACGAUCCGGCGGAUCCGGCGGGCCAGAAGACGGAGGCGGAGGGGGGCAAGCGGACGGUGUAUAUCAGCUAUCAUAGGCGACUGUAUGGGCUGGGAGAGCAUUACAACUCGUUACGACCGAAGACGUUCGCCAACUCCCUCCGAUCUGUUUUCCAAUGACUAUCGGCCGGGGAGCACCAGAAAGCGCCAAGAGGACUUCCGGCGGUGCCUUUGCGAUGGGCUUCUUGAAUGUCGAUACACGUGCUGGAAGUUUUGGCUUUAGGAAGGCCAUGGCUCACGGGAGUUGAUGAAGGUGUGAGGUGUGUACGGCAGUGUACCUCAAAACCUGUAUUUGUGUCCGGGCAGCUCAGUACGUAAACACGUUCCGUCGCACAAGUAUAUAUAUCCACGGUUACAGUGCAAUAAAUGUAUUUCAG